AUGGGUGGCACACUGGUGCCCGAGACAACCCGCAUCACCCUCCUUGGUGUGAAGGUGGAAACCAAGUUGGCCUUUGGCGAUCACCUACGCUCCGCAGCCACCCGUGCACGCCAACGGCUUGGGGUCCUAAACAGAGCCGCCCACAUCACCCCCGCCGGUCGGACGACAGUGUAUAAGGCGUUCGUACGACCAGUCAUGGAGUAUGCGCCUCUUGUAUGGAUGGGAGCUGCGCAGAGUCACCUCCAGCGUCUGAACAAUGUUCAGCGCCACGCACUCCAUGCUAUCAGCCCUGGGGCACACCUACCCAGCUCGGCCAUCCGCCGUACUGUUUCCUCACUUGCCUGCCUGUUCAAGCUGCACUACUUGUCUGGUCCACCGCAGCUGCUCUCUGUGUUACCACCGCACCAUAUCACGUCUGCCAACCCCAGAACCCGCAGCGAGCACAGUAAUGUCAGUGGCCAUGACCACCAGCUUCAACACCAGCUGCCUGCAUCUGCCCCGCUGGCGCUGAAGCGCUCGUUCCCACACUGCAGCAUCAGCGAUUGGAACUCCCUCCCUGUCGCUCUCCUGUCCCAGCCUCCCCACAGCAAGAUAAUGCAAUCAUUCAAAACGAACGUUUAUCGCCAUCUUCGCAGCACAAACUGGCUCUGGGCAGUCGAUUCCCUAUGA